AUGGCUCCUCCACCUUCUGCCUCGCUGCCGCUGCAGCAGAGACUGCUCCAACUUGCGCAGACCCUCCAGUUUGGGUGGUUCGUCGGACACGUCAGUCUGCUGUUCUGCAUCGUGAGAUACGGAUUCUCUUACAUUAGCUUCAACUACUACUCACGAUGGGGCCGAUUCUCCUACCGCACCGCCUUCGUCUCGGCUGCUGUGACAUAUGGUAUCGUGGUCUACAAGGCAUUCCGUGCUCGCUCCAGAGCUGGUUCCAAGCCUCAAGGCAGCGCUCUUUCCCUUGCUGCUGACGAGAACGUCCAAUACUUGGCAAUGGCCCUCGUCUGGCUCUUCUCCCCUCAAUACCCGCUUGCCAUGCUCCCAUUCGGCAUCUACUCCAUCUUCCACUUCGCAACCUACACCCGCACCAACCUGAUCCCCACCAUUCAGCCCUCCGCACCCUCCGCUGCUGGCGACAAGACUCCCGCAAAGCCCAACGCAACCGCCGAUACCAUCGGAAAGUUCGUGAAGGAGUACUAUGACGCCUCCAUGGGUUUAGUCGCCGUUCUUGAGAUCCUUCUCUGGGGCCGCUUACUCCUCUCCGCCAUCACCUUCGCCAAGGGCUCGUGGAUCUUGAUCGCCAUAUACACUGCUUUCCUCCGCGCACGCUUCGCUCAAAGCUCGUUUGUCCAGGCCCAAUUCAAGCAGCUGGAGGCCAGGAUUGAUAGCCUGGUCGGUGCGCAGUCAACUCCUCCCGCGGCGAGACAGGUGUGGGACACGGUCAAGGGUGGCGCGAGAACCUUUCAUGACGCUACUGACGUUAGCAAGUACAUUGGCGCAGCGCCUGCUGCCAAGAAGGCUUCUUAA